CGGGCUGGGGCGGGGUGGGCACGGCCGCCCUUGCGGCGCCCGCGGCGGGGAUUUACCGGCUCCGGUUCCUGUGCCCGCAGCCCGGCCGGGGUCCCGGCGGUGCCCGCGGCUCCGGGGCGCACCGGGCGGGCCGGUGACCUUGGCGAGCGGCCGGUCCUGCGCAGCGCCGGCACCGGGGCAGGGCCGAGCUCCCGGCGUCGCAGCGGCGGCACCGGCGGAGCUACCGGGGGAGGCACCGGGGGAGGCACCGGGGGAGGCACCGGCAGCACCGGCGGCCCCUCCCGCGCGCCGGCACCGGGCACACGAUGCGCCCCCAAAGCCCCUGGGCCGCCGGGCCCGCGGCGCUGCUGCUCCUCGCCGCCCUGGCGGCCUCCGAGGCGCUGCCCAACGCCCGCGGCAGGAAGAAGGUGGUUCAUGUCAUGGAGGGUGACAGCGGCGCCGUGGUGGUGCAGACAGCCCCGGGCAAGGUGGUGACGCAUCGCGGCGGCACCAUCAUCCUGCCCUGCCGCUACCACUACGACGUGACCGCGCACGACCCGGCCGAGAUCCGCCUCAAGUGGACCAAAGUGACGGAGCCCAUGGCGUUCGUGGACGUGUUCGUGGCGCUGGGCAAGGCCCGCCGGGCGUUCGGGCCCUACCGCGGCCGCACGGCCCUGCAGGAGGACGGCGUGGGCGACGCGUCGCUCAUCAUCCGCAACGUGACCCUGCAGGACUACGGGCGCUACGAGUGCGAGGUGACCAACGAGCUCGAGGAUGACACCGGCGUGGUCAAACUGGACCUGGAAGGGGUGAUUUUCCCGUACCACCCCCGCCUGGGGCGCUACACGCUGAACUUCCACGAGGCGCAGCAGGCGUGCCUGGAGCAGGACGGGAUCCUGGCCUCGCACGACCAGCUGCACCAGGCGUGGCUGGAGGGCAUGGACUGGUGCAACGCGGGCUGGCUGCAGGACGGCUCCGUGCAGUACCCGAUCUCCCGGCCCCGCGAGCAGUGCGGCCGCAAGGACACGCCCGUGGGCGUCCGCAACUACGGCUACCGCCACAAGGAGAGCGAGCACUACGACGCCUUCUGCUUCACCUCCAACCUCAACGGCAAAGUUUAUUUCCUGAAGACCUUCCGCAAGCUGAGCUACCCGGAGGCCGUGCAGGCGUGCAAGAACAACGGCGCGGCCGUGGCCAAGGUGGGCCAGCUGUACGCGGCCUGGAAGCUGCAGCUGCUGGACCGCUGCGAGGCGGGCUGGCUGGAGGACGGCAGCAUCCGCUACCCCAUCGUGAACCCCCGCGCCCGCUGCGGCGGCCGCGAGCCCGGCGUGCGCAACCUCGGCUUCCCCGACAAGAAGUACAAGCUCUUCGGCGUGUACUGCUUCAAAAAGGCCGGGGACGCGCCGCCCGUGGUGGCCGCGGGCUUCCCCAAGCGCGUGUGAGGGUUCGGGGCGCUCGGGCGGCACGCCCGGGUCUGGGAUUUGGGGUUCGGGGUUCGGGCCGUGCCCCGCGCGGUGCGGGGAGCUGCGGGCAGCCCCCGCCGGGACCGAGAGGCGGCGGCGGCGCGGGCCGGCGGCCCCGGGGGCGCUUGGGGGCCCCGGGGCGGCGGGAGGGGCCGGGCUCGGUGGGCCCCGCCGGGAGCGGCUCCCGCUCCGCAGCUCUCGCUUCUCGGCGCGCCUGUUGCAUGCGCUAAAGCGCCGCAGAGCCCCCGCCCUCCUCAUCCUCAUCCUCAUCCGCAUCCUCAGCCCGUCCCCGCGCUGACCGAGCCCGAAAUCCCCCCGUGGCGCUGGGCGAGGAUUGGGGGCGCCGGGUUUGGCUCCGUUCGGGGUCCCGCAGCCCCCGGGGCAGCUCCCGCUUGGCUUGGCCGGAGCGGGCAGGGCCGGGGGGCAGCGGGCGCUGUGCCCACCCGGCCGGGCACCGCCGCAGGCUUUGGCAGCCCUGGACGCAGAUGAAAUAAAAGCUUCGGCCGCUUUGGAGAGCUGA